AUGCUUAUUCUUGGCUUGACGGGAGGAAUAGCAUGUGGCAAAUCCACUGUUUCAUCACACUUGAAAGCGCAGGGGUACCCAAUUGUAGAUGCUGACGUCAUCGCCAGAGAGGUGGUUGAACCUGGGAAACCAGCUUACAAGAAAGUCGUAGCCGCAUUUUCGGAAAUGGUUCCGAACUUGUGCAAUGAGGAUGGUCUGUUAAAUCGAGGCGAAUUAGGAAAGGCAGUAUUCGGAAAUCCUGACAGGCUCAGGAUUUUAAAUAGUAUCGUGCACAGUGCCGUGAAGAAAGAAAUGGGAUGGCAGAUCCUUAAAUUGUACUUCCAAGGGCAUCGCUUAGCCGUUUUGGAUGUUCCGCUAUUAUUUGAGGCGAAGCUCAAUCUUAUCUGUGGUGCCACUGUAACAGUAUCAGCAGAGUACGAAACCCAAAUUGAAAGACUUAGACAAAGAAACCCAGAACUUACUCAGGAAGACGCCGAGAAAAGAAUAGCUAGUCAGCUUUCCAACGAUGAGCGUAAUAGUCGCGCUGAUAUCGUAAUCAGCAAUAAUGGGUCUUUGGAGGACCUCAAACUUGAAGUUGACCAGAUGAUUUCUGCCAAGCGUCCCAGCAGGUUUUGGACGUGGUUGAAUUUGUUUCCACCUAUCGGGAUCACAAACGCUCUCAUAACCAUGAUCGUUCGAUUCUCGACUAGCAAACCUAAAGCUGAUUGA